AGUCCCAUUGUGCUACAGUGGUAAAUUCACUAUCAAAGUGUGAAAAAGGCCUUGAAAGAAAAUUAACAUUUCAUCUUUUAUUGUUAUGGAACGCAUACAAGGAGGUUUGCAGACAGACACUAACACUUGUUCCCAGUGAACAUGUAAUGGAGUAAAUUCUUUAAAACACAUCUAUCAGCAGUUAAUUUUCGUUUCCAAUUCAGGAUUGCAUUUAAGAAUUACUUUUACAAAUUAACUUUUGUUUUGCUAUGUGGUGCCUUUUUCCUGCAGCUGAAAUGAUCUGUGGUUGUAACACUUGACAAACUUCAGCCAUCCAUUGAUUUUCAUUCUUUCUGUCUUCUUUUUGUUAUUUAAAACUGCACGGUACAUCAUGUGAGAACCAUCCUUCUCUCACAAGGUUACGUCAGGUGAGGGGAAAAAAAGAAAAAAAAAACAUCCCCACACCACGCCACCGUAACGCAGUGUGGUCUUACCACAUAUCCGCUGUCGGACCGGUUUGCUUUGAGGAUUGCUCUGCUUAUUCAUCCCGGUCGUAAAAUCCAGAGCUGAGCCCGUAACACAGAGCGCGUCGUGCAGCUGAGCCGUUUCCUACUCGAUUCUGAUGCUGAUGGCCUCGUUAAGGCGACUAUUGCCCCUUUUCUCUGCUGGCUGCGGGAAGCCCAACCACGGCCAUUUUCAUGGUCACACCACCUGCGGGCAUCCAGAGGUGGCAAACUAAACGAACCCGCGGGGUUUCCAGGGGCGGAGGGGGGGACACACUGGUUUCUUAUCACCGAUUAAAAUUCCCAGGAACAUCCCAUCCCUGGCUGUGCUGCUGUGCGAUUUGUUAUGUCAAUUGAGACAAAUGUACUUUGUCACACCUCUGCACAGGACAAGCACAGAACAAUGUCCACCAUGAACAAGCAGGUUUAAUUUUUAACGACGUGAUGGUGGUAUUAGUAGGAGUGCAACAUGGGAAUUGUCCAAAUUACAAGCUAAACUGAGUUUGGGUCCCCCAUUUAUCGAGCAUACUCUAUAAAUACAAAGACGUGUACUUUUUGAUUCUUAUUCUUUUGAAUAUUUUGAUUUUUUGAUGUAACUCUUAAGUGUCGGCUCUCAUUCCACUCAUUUGACUACUGAACAGCGUAUGAAAGGGUUGAUAUAUUGCUUAUAAUGUACCAAACUGCCAUCAAUGGAUUUCCAGUGCAUGAAAACCAACGCCCCCUCCCCACCCGUGUGCUUACCGUGGCUCCCCGCGGUGAGGGGCCACUCUGAUAGGUCCGGAGGGUUAAUGGGACUGGCCUGCAGGACAGCAGCCUCCUAGGAUAUAAAGCCUCUGCUCUCACUACUACGGCAAACAACUGUUACGCAGGGUUUAGCCGAAUCAGACGAUCGAUGCGCUUUUACGCAUGAAAGGGAACAUUUUGUUUUUACGCACGGCUUGCCAGUAAGGCCUCUUGGGCACAUUUGCGUUGUAACGCGUUGUGGAACUUUCUGCGUCCGACCAUGACUCUAUCCAGUGAAUGCGAAGCUGCACAACACGCUGGAUUGGCUCCAGAGGAGGAUGAGAUUGACAUCGUGGGAGAGGAUGAGCCUAUCCACGGGCGGUUGUAUAGAAAUCAGUGCUCCGCGGACGGCAGUUCCUCGGCAGAAUCUGGCGCUGACUUUGACUCUUCAGAGCCAGACUCCUCGGGGGAAAGCGAGAACAGUUUCUGCACAGACGCACCGUCGUCCAGGAAAGCACAGAGCAGCUCGGUGAAGCCUCCCUACUCCUACAUUGCCCUCAUCACCAUGGCUAUCCUGCAGAGUCCCCUCAAGAAGCUGACCCUGAGUGGCAUAUGUGACUUCAUCAGCAACAAGUUCCCCUACUACAGAGACAAGUUCCCCGCAUGGCAGAACUCCAUCAGGCAUAACCUCUCUCUAAACGACUGUUUCAUCAAGAUUCCGAGGGAGCCUGGAAAUCCAGGCAAAGGCAACUACUGGUCUCUGGACCCUGCCUCAGAGGACAUGUUCGACAACGGCAGCUUUCUUCGCCGAAGGAAGAGGUUCAAGAGAAACCAGCCGGAGUUUGGCAAAGACGGACUUAUUUUGUAUUCCAGCUUGAACUCCUACCGGCCUUACGGACAACCGUACAGCGUGCAGGGCCACGGAAGCCCCACACCAGCUGCUCCCAUUCGAUACAUGCCCCUGCACGAUGGCAUCAUGAUGCCUCCCAUCUCCUACCACCUUGUCCCACCAACCCUGAACAGUCACGGGAAGGGCACUGGUCCUAAAGACUUUAGAGCGCAGCUGUGCGCAUUAGAACCCACUGAGCCCAAGCCCGGCCCGCUGACUAAGUCCUCCUUCAGCAUUGACAGCAUCAUGAGCAGACCAUCUCCUGUCUUUCAACAGAACCUAAACUCACAGCAAAGCCCUCACAACGCUCUUGGAUACGGUCAUCUCAUGUCUGGCCCUGCUGCCUGUCUGAUACCGACUCUCAUGCAGCCUUCCAGGACUCCAUUCUGCCCUCCUCCAAUGCUGAGCUCCGCUCCUUUAAUAAAUGAGCAUAUCAGACUCUCGUACCCUCUCUGAUGGAAAAAAACAAAACAAAACAAAACAAAAAAAAACAGUGUCUUUAUGUUUAAUGAUGUGUGUAAGUCAUUUCUUAAAGAAAUAUUUUAAUUGCAUGAUAUUUAUGUGCAUUUUCCUUCAAAACUAUCUCUUGAAAGAGCAAUGUAAAUAAGAUGUGUGGUAAUAUAUUUGUGAAAGUCUCAGCAGAGGGGAAACCCUCGAUGACGAUUUUUUGUUAUUAACUAACGUGUCAAAAUAAAGAUCUGAACAUAAA